CAGGCGGUUCCCGGAUGCACCAAACAGAAACAUGGAACGGGUAGUGGUGGAAGUGCCGAUCAACAACGGUUUUCCCCUCGCUUGCCCUUCCACAACCCCACGAAAGCGGCAGGUGCGGUUUUCAGCACGCCAUGACAUCAUCCUUCUGCGAGAGGUUAUUGCACAGAAUCCCUUUGCCUCCAAAGAGCCAGGACGGAUUUGGGCACGCGUGGGUGAGAUUAUCACUGCUGCCCUCCAAGAGGAAAACUUUGAGGUGGAUGCCAGGAGAUGUAGGGAGAGAACCAUGCUGCUGCUAGACUACUACAAGAAACAAGACUUUCCCAGCCUACGCAGGUUUGGAACAGAGAGAUUGUAUGCCCAGAAGGAGGAUCUGCUCCAUGAAGUUUUGGAGCUGGAAGCUGAGAAGGGACUCAUAGUCAGCAAUGAUGGCACAAAGUACCAGGAUGAAGAGCGGAGAAAUCGAGUCGCAGAAGAACUAACUCUACCAGAACAGGACAAACCCAACAUCACAAUCCCGCAAACAACCACUACAGAACAAGAAGAAGAGCGUGAGGAAAUGACAGAGCUGUCAGCAGCACCCACAGCCAAGCGGCCCUGCCAGUGCUGCUGCCAGACCUACUCUGAGAUUCUCAGCUUCUUGGAGAAACGCUCAGAGGCGGAGCAGCGGCUUCGAGAAGAAGAGCUCGCCUUGCGCCGAGAGGAACUGGAGAUUCAGAGAAGUAAGAUCGCUCUGGAGAGAGAACGUCUGGGAGCUGAGAGAAAAGAGAGGGAGCGGAGAUUUGAGCUUGAGAGCCAAGAGAGGCAGGUCAUCUUGGACCUUUUAAAAGAGAAGGUGCUGAAAGGCUGACAAAUUAAAACUUUAUCACUUGCAUUUUGAUGCAUUUCUUUUUAGUAAAUUUGCAGAGGUUGGGAGUGGGAAGGGCAAAGUUAUCCACUAAAAAGAGGAAGGAAUGCAGUGAAACUAGAAAUAAAAGAUUAUGAG